CUCUGACAUUGACAACGUCAAGUAGAGCAGACUGUGAAAAGGAAAAUGCAUUACCUAAAAUUUAUACCAUCACGGCUCCGUAUUCCGCAAGUUCGUGGAUUUAGAGUACACGCUCCAGACUACGCCCAUAAAUGGUUUCCUGAUGUGGAAUACGUAAAGCAAUUUAGCGGACCAGUCAUGUUCGUUACACCCAUAUUUGAGAAGUUUUACAAAAUGAAUUACACCAACAAAAUUCCACCGGUUGAGCGUAAAUUGAAAAAUAUGUGGAUCAACUUUGGACCACAGCACCCGGCAGCUCACGGCGUCCUUCGUCUCAUUCUUGAGUUGGACGGAGAAACUGUGGUUAGGGCUGACCCUCACGUUGGUUUUUUGCACCGCGCCACAGAAAAACUUAUGGAAUCUAAACAUUACAAUCAAAAUCUCCCUUAUAUGGAUCGACUCGACUAUGUUUCAACACUUGCAAAUGAACAAACGUUUGCAUUGGCAGUUGAAACACUUCUUGACAUUGAAGCACCUCCAAGGGCUAAAGCAAUUCGUGUCUUAUGUGCUGAGCUGUGCCGAGUAGCAAAUCACUUAUUGAAUGUAUCGGGCACAAUACUCGACGCUGGUGGAAUUACGCCGUUCUUCUGGAUGUGUGAAGAACGCGAGAAGCUGUACGAACUAUUUGAAAGACUGUGUGGAGCACGGGUCCACUGUGCCUACAUCCGACCUGGCGGAGUGUCCCAAGAUAUUCCUAUUGGGUUUUUGGACGAUGUUUACGAAGUAUGUAUGAAAAUGGGCGAGCGCUGUGAUGAAACUGAAGAUGUUGCUACGGGAAAUAGACUGUACUACGCUAGGACAGCAGGCAUAGGGACUUAUACCGCUCACGAUGCUAUUAGUCUAGGUUUCACAGGUCCCAUGCUAAGAUGUGCUGGUGUAAAAUGGGAUUUGAGAAUUGCAAACCCAUACGAUGGUUAUGAUUUAUAUGAUUUUGAUGUUCCCGUAGGCACUUUCGGCGAUAGCUACGAUCGUCAUCUUCUACGUUUGGAAGAGCUGCGUCAAUCUUUGAGAAUUAUUAAUCAAGUUAUAGACACCAUGCCUGAAGGUGAAGUAAGGACAGAUGACUCGAAGAUUUGUCUUCCUUCACGUAAGGAAAUGAAGACAUCAAUGGAGUCACUUAUUCAUCAUUUUAAACUUUGCACGGAGGGAUACCCCGUUCCACCUGGAGCAACUUAUACAUCAACGGAAUGCCCAAAAGGAGAACUAGGGAUAUACAUGGUUGCAGACGGUACUUCGAAACCUUAUCGGGCUUACCUUAGACCAAGCUCGUACACACAUCUCAUGGGUCUUGCCCAUAUGUGCCCAAAAUUAAUGCUUGCCGAUGUAGCUGUUCUUAUUGCCACUAUAGACGUGGUGUUUGGCGAUGUUGAUCGUUAAAAUGACUAACCGCUGCGGGCUGUGGGAUUGGUUUUGUUUAAUUUAAAUAAAAAUGUUUUAAAUAUU